AUGGCCCAUGAACUGGUCGCUGGAUAUCAGCGUUCUGAAGGGGAACCAAAAUGURCUUUUAAGAUUGAUAUUCGUAAGGCUUAUGACACAGUUGAUUGCCGGAGGGUUUUUCAUGGUAAACGAGGCCUUCGUCAAAGACAUCCUCUCUCCCCUUAUAUGUUUACUGUUGUUAUGGAGGGUCUCUCGAUGCUUCUAUCGAAGUGUAUUGAGGAGGAGGGGGACAUUCUUUCUGUGGAAGUCAUCAAACAUGGCCUUCUUUUGUUUGAAGAACGUUCGGGAUUGUCGCCAAGUCUGGAAAAAAGUGAGGUGUUUUUCGGGAAUGUAGCAAUGGAGGUUCAAACUCUUAUACGUGAUAGUUUAUCUUUUCGGCCAGGGGUUUUCCCGAUUCCUUACUUGGGAGUUCCUCUUUCUCCGGUUCGGCUGAAGGGAUUUCACAAUAACUCCACGGUAUCUGAUGUAAUGCAACGAUUUGGUACUAAUUGGCCGGUGGAUUGGAUUCAACAAUAUCCUCAGCUGCAGAGUGUUCUGAUUCCGUUUCCCAGUCAAGUGGAGGAUAAAGUCAGAUGGCUUGAUAAUAAACUUUCACGGGGUGACUUUGAGGUAAAAUUGGCUUGGAAUACUAUCCAAGAGGUGAAGCCGGUUGUGCAUUGGUAUAAAUUCGUUUGGAAUAAAGCAUACGUUCCUAAACAUGCUCUUUGCAUGUGGAUGGCGUGUCAGAAGGAACUGCCAACUCAAGAUCGUAUAAGUCAAUGGAAGAAUGAACCGCCGGAUUUAAAGUGUGUGUUUUGUAACUUAGUGAUUGAAACGCACAAUCACCUAUUUUUUGAAUGCAAGUACUCAAGCAGUAUUUGGGAAGCUAUUAAAAUGGAGGUGGGAUUAAUGAACUGUCCAAACAAUUGGGAGGAUAUUCUUCACAGAGGGUCCACUCAAACUUGGAAAUCUUGGUCUACGGUUCAAAAACUUGGUAUAUCGGCAACGGUCUAUAAUAUCUGGAGGGAACGGAACAGGAAGUUCUUUGACAAUUUCAAUCAUUCGGGGGAUAAAGUUAUUGCUGAAAUCAAAAUGCAGAUUCUUCAUCGGAUGGCUUGGAAGACAAGGAAGAAGCUAAUGAAUUCCAAUGGUGUGUGA